CAGGGGUGAGGAGCUGGCUUAGGGAUGCUCCGAUGCCUGGCUUCCCUCUCCAGCUGCGGGAGGGGCCAGAGCUCAGAUGCCUGGGUUCCCUCCUUCUCUCCUCCACCCUUGGAUCCCGGCCCCGCCUCCACUCCCGGGACCCGGGGGCACCGGAGCCGCAGGGGCUGGGCGGGGCCGCUGCAGCCGCCAGCACCGGAGCCGGGAGCCGUGGGUUCCUAAGCCACCCCCUAGCCCCUUCACGGACGCCUGGGUCCCCCCGGCAUGGCAGCAGGAGUGGCAGCCUGGCUCCCCCUAGCCCGAGCAGCAGCUGUCGGCUGGCUCCCCCUGGCCCAGCAGCCCCUGCCCCCACCUCCUCCCCUGCCACCAGGCCAUGGCCCCAAUCCCCGGCCCACCGCAGGGCCUGAGCGCCUGGUGCUGAAUGUAAGCGGACGGCGGUUUGAGACGUGGCGGGCCACGCUGGAGCGCUACCCAGACACGCUGCUGGGGGGCGCCGAGCGGGACUUCUUCUAUGAUGAGGAGGCUGGUGAGAUCUUCCUGGACCGUGAUCCUGAGGUCUUCCGCUAUGUACUCAACUUCUACCGCACUGGGCACCUCCACUGCCCCCGACAUGAAUGCAUCCAGGCCUAUGACGAAGAGCUCAGCUUCUAUGGCCUCGCCCCUGAGCUGGUGGGUGACUGCUGCCUGGAAGACUACCGUGACCGCAAGAAGGAGAACCUUGAGCGACUGGCUGAGGAUGAGGAGGCCGAAGGCCUGGCAGAAGCAGCCUCACAGCCCCCAUCGGCAGCUUCUCCGCCCCCCUCAGCUCGACAGCGCCUGUGGCGGGCCUUUGAGAACCCCCAUGCCAGCACCACAGCCCUGGUCUUCUACUAUGUCACUGGCUUCUUCAUCGCUGUCUCUGUGGUGGCCAACGUGGUGGAGACCAUCCCCUGCCGUGUCUCGUCUGGCUUUUCCUCCUCCUCCUCCUUUUCCUCUGCUGCUGUGGCCCAGGCAGUGCCUUGUGGAGACCGCUACCCACUGGCUUUCUUCUGCAUGGACACAGCUUGCGUGCUCAUCUUCACGGGCGAGUACCUGCUGCGGUUGUUCGCGGCACCCAGCCGGUGUCGCUUUGCCCGCAGCGUGAUGAGCGUCAUUGAUGUGGUGGCCAUCCUCCCCUACUACAUCAGCUUGGCUGUGCCAGACAACGAGGAUCUGAGUGGGGCCUUUGUGACACUGCGGGUCUUCCGGGUCUUCCGCAUCUUCAAGUUCUCACGCCACAGCCAGGGCCUGCGCAUCCUGGGCUACACGCUGCAGAGCUGUGCCUCUGAGCUGGGCUUCCUGCUCUUCUCGCUUACCAUGGCCAUUGUCAUCUUCGCCACUGUCAUGUUCUAUGCCGAGAAGAGCACACCCGGCACCAACUUCACCAGCAUCCCCGCUGCUUUCUGGUACACCAUUGUCACCAUGACCACACUCGGGUAUGGGGACAUGGUGCCAUCCACCAUUGCAGGGAAGAUCUUCGGCUCCAUCUGCUCACUCUCAGGGGUGCUGGUAAUUGCGCUGCCUGUCCCCGUCAUCGUCUCCAACUUCAGCCGCAUCUAUCACCAGAACCAGCGUGCCGACAAGCGCCGUGCCCAGCAGAAGGUGCGCCUGGCCCGGAUCCGGCUGGCCAAGAGCGGGACGACCAAAGCCUUCCUGCAGUACAAGCAUAGCAACGACCUCGAGGAGCUGGACGGCCACCCCCAGGCCCCUGGGCUACGGACCUGUUCGGCUUUCGAGUUGCAGCACCAUCACCUGCUUCACUGCCUGGAGAAAACCACGAACCAUGAGUUUGCAGCAGAGCGGGGGGUGUCGCCAGGGGCACGGUCAGGGAGGAGCCUGUCGCUGUCCUCGAGUGGGGCCCCAUCUCCGGGUGGAUCCUGUUGCCCCCGGCGACCACGCCACCGCCCCCUCCGCCUUGGUUCCACCCCAUCAGGCAGCCGGGCCAUUGCCCAGGAGCUCAGCACCCUGCAGGGCCUCAAGGGGCCAGCUCACAGAUGCCUGGGUUCCGUCCGUCCCAGAUGCCUGUAUUCUACCCAGUCCAGAUGCCUUAGUUCUGCCUUCCUGGAUGCCACGGUCCUGUCUUCUCCAGACACCUGGGAUCCUCCUGUCCUGGACACUUGAGUUCUUCCUGUUCCAGAAGCCAGAGUCCCUGGACACAUGGGUUCGUCCUGCUUAGGGGCAUGUCCUGUACCAAAUGCCUGUGCUUGUAUCCCAAAUGCCUCAGUUCUUCGUGUCCUGGAUACCUGGAAUCCCACCUGCUUAGGAGCAUAGCCUGUACCAAACACCUGUGUUCUUCUUGCCUCGGACACCUGGAUCCCUCCAGCUUGGGGUGCCUGAGUUCUUCCUCUCCUGGAUGCCUGGGUUCCUCCCAGCCAGGGAGCAGCUUUACCCAGACAUCUGGGUUCUUCUUGUGUGGGGCAGGCAGGAGGUGUGUGCUGCAACCUUAACCCAGAUGUCUGAGUUCCCAUGGGUCUGGAAAGGAAAGGCAGGGGGAGGGGCAUGGCCCUCUGCCUCACCUGCUACUCUUUAGACCAGCCCCCUUCACAAGCAAAGCCAUAUAUCAGGGUCAGCUAUGCAAGCCUGGGGAGGGAGGAACUAUUUCCCAAGGCGCAAGGACAUGGGCCACUCCUGGAACUCAUUAACCAAAAGCCAUGGGAGCCUGGGGGGAGAAGGGGCCUGGUGCCUGGGUUCUGUCACCAGCUAUGGGAACCUGCAAUGCCUGGAUACUCUCCUUCAGGAUACCUGGGUCCUUCUUCAGGCCCCCCCACACCUGCACACAUCAUGGUGCCCCCAUCUACUAUGCUCACAGCAGGACUGUGCAUGUGUCCAUGUUGCCACCAGGGGGGUGCUUCCUUCCCAGCAUGCACUAGGGGGAGAACCCCACCCCCUACCCCCCAUAUCCACCUCACCUCACAGGUCAUCCUUCUCCUAGGGGUCAUGACUCCUCCAGAGACCAGAAGCUGAGCUCAGACCAUAAACCGUGACCCCUCCCCCUACUAGUGCAACAGCAGGGGAGGGCAGAGGCCUGAAUGCCUGGGUUCCCUUCCCCAGGUUUCCUGGGGCAUGGGGGUCUAGGGGCCCAGAUGCCUAGGUUCUAGCCUGGCUUAGGGAGGAGUUGGGGCAAGGGUGGGAGGGCUGAGGCCCCAGACACCUGUGUCAAGCCCAGACUGGCUGUGGUAGGGUAGGGGGCAGCACCAAUGGAGGGGAGGGACUGGGACCCUGCCCCCUUCUCAAAAUACUCUAUAGCACAAUGCAGCUGCCUCCGUGGCCACUGGGGGUGGGCAGAGAUUCUGCCCCCACCUGCACCCCUGUCUGGAAUCUGUCCUCAGGCUGGCUGGGAGCUGGAGGCCCAAGGGAGGGGCCUCCUGGAGCCAGAGAGGCCUGGACACCUGGGUCCUUUCUAGACUCGGAAGCCCGGGUUGUUUUUGUUUUUUUUUUUGAGUCAGAGGAACCUGGAGGCCUGGGCUCUCUGCCCACUCUGGAAGUGGGGCGGGGGCGCUACAAGCCUGGAGACCUGGGCUCUUUCCCUGCUCAGGAAGGGGAGUCCAACAGGAGGCGCCUCCCUCCUGUAUGCUUGGGUCCUGUCGCCAGCUCUGACAAUGUAAGUUCAACUCAGGUUCCCCUUCGGUUUUUUUUUCCUGUUAGACAUUUAAAAAAUAAGAAAAUUCUAUACAUAUAGAGACAGGUAUUAUAUACAGAUACAUAAAAGCCUGGCUCAGGGAGGGGUGGGGCAACGGAUCAUUAACACCUCCAUGCCUGGAGCUGGGGGUGGGGUCAGGAUGGGGGGGUGCCUUCCCUGCCCGUUGCCAAGGAAUGAGGCUUAUGCUGCUGUAGUUUGAGCAAAUAAAUGAACUGGUGACAUGUCA